AUGUCAGCUUCCAGAUCCGACCAUUUGGCACUCGGCUAUUCCUCGCACUCUGCCAGCCAAAACCGCUCCAACUCUCCCUCCGCCACAAACUCUCCAAUCGAUCCCUUGUCGACCACCGCAAGGUCGGUCUUUGGCCUCCCCGGCAGUAUGAAUUCGAGUAGCAUUAUAUCCAGCAACACGCGAUCCGGAACUGGCUCUCCGUCGCACGAAAUGGCGGGCUCCAGCCGGCUGUUUUCGAAAAGGGCUCGCGAGAUCCAGGCUCAAGAAGGCGUUCCUGGCUUGCCUCUCAAUCCAUGGGGCGGGCCACCGACAAGUGGGAAUUCGACUCCUCUCCGAGAAAAUAUCCCCGAGUCGCCCACCGACGGCUUUCCAAACUUUGCUCAGCUGCCCACGCCUGAGACCUUGCCUCCCACCAGGCGUGCUCGAGCUGGCACUGUGCCCUCGCGAUUUCCUGGUGGCAUUGGUAACGGUCUGCUGGCUAUACCUGGAGUUCCUGCCAACAAAUCUGCUCGCGUUACGCCAUCCCAGAGUCCGUUCAACAAAUCGCCAUCUCCCAGCAUUGAACACCCAGACAACACCAACAACGGUACCAACAACGGUACCUCAACCCUCCUGUCCAGGCUUCGUGCCGGGUCUAUGCCACAGCGUAGCCCUUACGCUAACCUGCCAACUUCUGCCUCGCCUUUUGGUCCCUCAAUCUUCAGCAGCUGGAACCCGUCGGGUAUGGGCCGCGAACGAGCUACUACUCUGGCCAGCAUCGCAAGCGUCGGCUCCAACGGUCCCAGUUCACCGGCUCAGUCUCAAUUUUCCAGAGAAGGGGGCGGAGAGUCUGAUGUCCAUAUGAGAACUCUGGACUACCUUGGACUCGCUGAAACUCCUCAACCCCAAAGAGCUCAACUUGCUACUCCCACCUACAUAUCCAGCUUCGACAUGACUCGGCACGCCAGUCGCUUCCGUUCCUACUCUGUCAACAACAAGGACAAGUACGCUGACGAGGAUGACGACUAUGACGCCGAUCUCCCAAUGGACAGUCAGUAUGCAGCGCUGCAGGAUCAACUCGCUGCCACUCAGGCGGCUAUCCACAACCACAACAUGGCAGUCCGCGCCUACGCAAAUCAGACCACGAGACCGCGUGCUCGUACCGCGGGUGUGCUGGACACGCCGGGAAGCCGCUUAGUGGGGUCUUACGGCAACAGCAAUGCCACUGGCUCUAUCCCCCAAGCUGAGAUUCGCCUGCAGGAAGAGAAAGAGUAUGAUGACAUCUCCCAGGCAGUUGCUGGCAUGAAUCUGGGACGGUCCAACAGCACCAAUGCCGGCCAUCUCAACCCCGAAGAACAAAAUCUUGAUGGCCCAACCAGUGCUCUUUGGCUUGGCGGCAUUCCUACCUCCACCACUACCUCUACCCUCGUCGAAAUGUUCAAGUCUCAUGGACCGAUUCUCUCAGCUCGCGUCCUCACACAUAAGAACUGUGGAUUUGUCAAUUUUGAGAGGGUGGAGAGUGCAGUUUCUGCCAAGGCUAGCAUGAAUGGUAAGGAAAUCUUCCCUGGCGCUGGACCUAUCCGAAUCAACUUUGCCAAGCCUCCCUCUGCCUCCAACACUCCGGGCCACGAUGGAGCAUUCCCAUCUCCCAGCCCUGAUCCCUUUGGCAAAGCUCAAGAGGCAAACAAGGGAGCUUCAUCCGCUAGACCUGGCGAAAGCUCGUCGGUUGCUGCUGGAGCCCUCAACAGCGCCACGCCAACGUUGCCACCUUUGCGCGAAAUGACUUCAGAUAUUCUCGACAUCGUGGGAGAGUUCGGCGCAAGUGACGAAGACAAGGCUCGAAUCUCCACCAGCGUGCAGUCCGCAGUCCAGUUCAGCGCCUUCUUGGAAGAUAUCCCCCCAGUUCGCGAACCCACUCACACAAGGGUUCACGAUGCUCCCAAGCUGAGAGACAUCCGCAAGCGCAUCGACAACCAGAUGCUUUCUCAGGCGGAGAUUGAAAACAUUGCUGUGGACAUGCUCCCUGAGAUUGCCGAGCUUGCGUCUGACUAUCUUGGUAACACCGUCGUCCAAAAGCUAUUCGACCACUGCUCCGAUCAGCUGAGAGAUGCCAUGCUUGCUGAGAUUGCGCCACAUCUAGCUGAGAUUGGUAUUCACAAGAACGGAACCUGGGCCGCCCAGAAGAUCAUUGAUGUGUGUAAGACACCCAGUCAAUUGUCCCUGAUUGUAGAGCACCUUCGGCCCUACACUGUCCCACUCUUCCUGGAUCAGUAUGGCAACUACGUCUUGCAAGGAUGCCUCAAGUUUGGCGCACCUUACAACGACUUCAUCUUUGAGACGAUGCUUAGCCAAAUGUGGGAGAUUGCACAAGGCCGCUAUGGUGCUCGAGCCAUGAGGGCCUGCCUGGAGAGCCACCAUUCGACAAAGGAUCAACAGCGGAUGCUGGCUGCCGCCAUUGCCCUGCACAGCGUUCAGCUUGCCACCAAUGCAAACGGAGCGUUGCUGUUGACCUGGCUGUUGGAUACCUGCACUUUCCCCAAUCGCCGGCACGUUCUUUCGCCGCGACUGAUUCCCUACCUGGUGCCCCUAUGCACCCACAAGGUGGCCUACCUCACAGUGCUUAAAGUGAUCAACCAGAAGAAUGAGGUCGAGGCUCGCGACAAUAUUUUGAAGCGUCUCUUCAUCUCUCCAAACGAUCAGGUUCUCGAGGCUAUUCUUAGCGACCAAGCUUGUGGAGCUACUUUCAUCUUCAAGGUUCUUACGACGCCAUUUUUCGAGGAAGGUAUGCGAACCGAGGUCACGGAAAAUGUUAAAAACGUCCUCGUCAGGAUCAAGGCACAAGCAAACCAGGGUUAUAAGCGCCUCAUGGAUGAGGUCGGCCUCGCAACCCGGACUGCUGGACCAAAUCGUGAGACUAGCACUCACGCAGAACAACGACAGAGACCGGCCUCGCGGCAGACCAAUGGCCAGCAUGGUCAGCAAGGCGGCCAGUCUAACAAGGCUUUCUACAACGCCAACUCUGGGGCUCCCAACUUUGAAAAUCAGCAGAGGGGUGAUAAUGCCGAUGCUGGAGCUCCUCCUUUCCCUGCCUUCAACACAGGCAUGAUGUACAACGGACAAAACGGCCCUAUGCCUCCCGCAAUGAAUAUGCCACAGCUACAGUAUCAGCAGGGCAUGAUGAAUCGAGGAAAUCCGCAGAUGAACUACCCAUACCCUCCGAUGCAACCUGGAUUUGGCGGCUACGGCAACGCUGGUCAGCCGAUGGAUCAGUAUCGCCAGCAGAAUAUGCCCAAUGGCAACCCGAUGCAGCCUCCAGCUGGUGGCCAUCAGCCCUACGCCCCGCCCCCCGGCUUUGGUAUGGCUGGUGGAGGAUAUGGCUAUAGCGGAAACAUGGGAGGAGUGCCCAACAAUAUGGGCUAUAUGCCGCAAGAGCAAGCCAACGGUAGACGCGGUCGCAGAAAGUAA